CGCCCCUUUGAGGCUCCCUCUGGGGCGAGGCCGCUCAACCGGCUCCGCUGGCCUAGCUGCAGCUAGUCGAGACGGGAGGGGCCUGGGUGUGGGCCGCCGGGCGGAGCCCCUAACUCUAACAAAGUGAAGCUCCUGACCACGCCCCUGCAAAUUCUGUUAAGUACUUUCACCCCCUGACCUUUGAGGAUGGAGAAUUCUGGAGCUUGAGGAAAUCGUUUUACGUUCCCAGCUACAAAGGAAAAAGAUGGUUACCCACCACCGCGGCAACACCUCUAAGCCUUAUUUCCCCACUUCCUGUCUUCAUAUUUUGAAUUUUCUCCCUUUGUUUCUCUGGUGAGAAUUUGUAAGCACUGACUGCUAUUCUGAAAGAAGUUCCUUCUGUAGGUUUGAGUCAACACCUGUCAGUCAUCCUCGUAAUACCGGGUUGGAUACCUAAAGCUGCGGGCGAAAAGGAUCAGGAGAACUUUCAGGCAAAAAAUACUGAAGUGGGUGCCAUGCUGUCCUCCAGGGGAUCUUCCCAACCUAGGGAUCAGACUCAGAUCUCCUGCAUUGGCAGGCGGGUUCUUGACCACCAGUGCCACCUGGAAAGCCCAAUUUACUCCCAAAUAGAACGGACGAGACUGUAUCCAACACUUCAGGUAUGGCAGAAAUGAAGUCCAUGUUCCGGGAAGUUCUUCCAAAACAAGGGCAGUUGUAUGUAGAAGAUAUACCCACAAUGGUGCUAUGUAAACCCGUACUUUUACCAUUAAGAUUUAUGACUGUGCCAAAACUGGAGAAAAUACAGCAAGCAGCACAGGAUACAAUUCGCCAACAGGAAAUGACAGAAAAGGAACAACAGAAAAUAACUCACUGAACAACGGCAAGUAACUCACUGAAUGAUAACUAGCACUUCUACAGAACACCCUACACCUUUCUAUUAACAAGAGCUGAAAAUAAUCUGCAUCUAUAUGCUGAAAACUGUAUGUAUUAAUAAAACAGAUAGUAUCCCUAUAAAAAAAACUCAAUUACUAAAAUUUGGAUUGUGAAUUUAAACACUGGUUUGUAUUGAAUAUAAGCAAUUUUAAAACUCUGAGACCAGAUUUUGUUUUAUUUUUAACCCAAGUUUUUCAAAGUACAAAUUACUGUUACCAUUCCUAUCAGUUUUCUAGAUAACAUUCUUAGUUAGGCACAGUGAGUAAAUGCAACUUUUAUAGUCAUCCUGUAUAUGGUUUUAAAAAUUGAACUAAGCUUUUUAAUUAUACUGACUUUAAGGACUUACCUUGCCACCUUUGUUUUCCAGGUAUCAAAACAUAAUCAAAACCCUAAAAAUGGAAAUUAAUAAGGACUUGAACGAGCCCAUGAAAUAAAAUGAAUAUAAAUUUGGAAGUUUUAUUUCUAAAAGACUGUAGCUAGACCUGUAAUGGGUAUGUUCCUAGGAAUACCUUUGUAAAUUCUGAAUAUAAUUCUUGGUUGGUUUGCUGCAGUUGGUGAUAAGACAGUUUAAAUUAGUAUGGACCUUGAGGCCUUGCUGUAAUUAGGCUCUGCAAAAGAGGUUAGAAAUGUGAUCUUCCUUUAGAUAACUGUUAUCGGUAACUACUAUUUUCUCAUACACUGACUAAAUGUAAAACUUUGAGUCUUUGAAGAAUAAUUUUUAUAACACAAGCAUUACUUGGUAAUAGAACUUAAUGAUGAAAGGUAUAUACGUUUUUAAGUUUCAUUAAGUUCUAGAUAAGAUCAAAAACAAGGAAGUGUGCAAGUAUUUCCCAAGUAUAAUAUUAAAAUUAUUUAUUUACUACUGUACUCUUGUUUUAAAAGUUUUCCAAGAGCAAAGUUUAAAUUAAGUAGGUUCAAAUAUGCUCUUUUAUAUGAUUUAAAAUUUGCUGUGGGAAAUAAGUUUUUUAAAAGAUCUAAAAUAAAUGCACUCCAAAUAAAGAAUCAACACUG